AUGACUGCCCUCCAGCGACCAAAUGGCUCGACACCGGCCGCUUCGGAGCGAAGACAUUCGAGUCAAUACCAUUUAAACGGCAACGGCAACGUUAACGGAAACGGCCGGCUGACAAAUGGUCAUUAUGAGGAUCCUGCAACUCGUAGAAUGAGCGAAAUUCGGAGGAAUGGACCUGAUGCAGGAUCUAUACGACGGAAAAGUAUGGCGCCGUUAGCUCUCACCGCUCCUUCGAAGGAUAGUACUUCUACCUCGAACUCGACAUCCGACAACAGUGGUGAUUCCGAUGGCGAGGGGGCCCCCAACCAACAACUCUCAAAACGAAAAUCAGUUAGCGUAAUGCCGAACGGACGAAAUGGUACUCUACGAAAUGGAACCCUCGGAAGGGGAGCUAGACCCUCGAUAAUGUUCGAGCGAGAGGUGCCGGAUAUCGAGCCUUUGGAUCGUUCCCCAGACCUGGGAGGCAGCUGGGAGGAACCUGCUCUACCGGGCGACCACCUCGCGGUGAGGCAUGGAUUCGCGGAGCAAUACAACUCCGAGGAAUACCUCGCAUUGCUCGAACAAGCCUUCUACAUGUACUACAACGAUAAACGGCAUGAUACAGGAGGCAAACCGAGAUACACGGAUGCAGCAUUUGUACAGGAAUGGAGGAUGAAGGAUAGACUUAAGACAGUUUCCGCUGCUCUGGUACUGUGCUUGAACAUAGGCGUCGACCCACCAGAUGUCGUCAAAACGAACCCAUGCGCUAAACUUGAAUGCUGGGUGGACACGGGUUCCCACCCAAGCCCCAAGGCGUUAGAGAUGAUUGGCAAGAACCUCCAAUCCCAAUAUGAAACUUUGAGUAUCCGGACACGGUACAAACAGUAUUUGGACCCUUCUGUCGAAGAAACGAAGAAGUUUUGCUGCUCCUUACGUAGGAACGCCAAGGACGAGCGCAUACUUUUCCACUAUAACGGCCACGGCGUACCAAAGCCGACGAGUAGCGGGGAGAUUUGGGUUUUUAAUAAGAACUAUACACAAUACAUCCCCAUAUCGUUAUACGAUCUACAAAGUUGGCUUGGUGCGCCUAGUUUGUUUGUAUACGACUGUAGUGAUGCUGGAAACAUCGUCGCCAAUUUUAACAGAUUUGUUGAAAAGCAUGAGCAGGAGAAUCGCGACAACCCGUCUAAGGAGCCGGGCUCGACCGUUUCUUAUUCUGACUGCAUACAAUUGGCGGCUUGUGGGCCUAAAGAAACUUUGCCGAUGAAUCCCGACCUCCCAGCUGAUCUUUUCACCUGCUGCCUGACAACCCCAAUCGAAAUAGCAAUUCGGUUCUACGUUCUUCAAAACCCGCUGCCAUCACCGGUUACUCUUGAGAUGGCCCUGAAGAUACCAGGACGGCUUCAGGAAAGAAGAACCCCCCUGGGAGAAUUGAAUUGGAUCUUUACCGCGAUUACUGAUACUAUCGCCUGGAAUACCCUCCCACGACCGCUUUUCAAAAAACUAUUCCGGCAAGACCUGAUGGUCGCGGCUUUGUUUAGAAACUUCCUUCUUGCGCAGCGGAUCAUGAGAGUGUACAAGUGUCACCCUGUUUCCUGUCCCGCAUUGCCUAGCACCCAUCAUCAUCCACUAUGGCAGUCAUGGGAUUUAGCGGUGGAGAGCGUUUUGUCUCAACUUCCUCAAUUACUGAAGGCACAGGAAAGCGGCCCGGCAUUUGAAUACCAGCACUCGUCUUUCUUUUCCGAGCAACUGACGGCUUUCGAAGUCUACCUCACUCAAGGAACUGCGAAUCGAAGACCUCCAGAUCAACUUCCAAUAGUUUUGCAAGUUUUGCUGAGUCAGGUUCACCGAUUGCGGGCUUUAAUCCUUCUGUCAAAGUUCUUAGACCUUGGGCCAUGGGCGGUUAAUUUGGCUCUGAGUAUUGGAAUCUUCCCAUACGUUCUCAAGCUUUUGCAGUCUGCUGCUGCAGAACUUAAACCGGUCAUGGUAUUCAUCUGGGCUAGGCUGCUAGCAGUAGAUCCCUCAUGCCAAAUUGACUUGUUGAAGGAUAACGGAUACAGUUACUUUACACAAAUCCUGACCCCAAACUCCGGUAUUCCCAUUCAAAAUGCUUCCGAACAUCGGGCAAUGUGUGCAUUCAUUCUCAGUAUCUUCUGCAAGGGUUUCCACCAAGGUCAAGUCGUCUGCAUUAAUCCCGGGGUUCUACAGUCAUGCCUUGCACAUUUCAAUGAACCGGAAAACCCGCUCUUGAGACAAUGGGCUUGCCUAUGUAUUUCGCAACUCUGGCAUGAAUAUCCAGAAGCUAAGUGGCUAGGCUACAAAGAAGACGCCCACUUAAAACUUUGCGCGAUGCUUGUGGACCCUGUUCCGGAAGUUCGGACAGCAGCCCUGUAUGCAAUUUCUACCUUGAUUGGCACUCCAGACAAUGAAUCCGGAAAGAUUGCUGCUUACGAGGCUGAGAUGGCCGCUGCCGCUAUUCACAUUACUGGAGAUGGUAGCAGCAUGGUGAGAAAGGAGCUCGCAGUCUUCCUUUCGGUCUACAUCAAGAGAUACGAAAGCAAGUUCCUUGUUGCUGCAUUUGAGUUUCUACGAGGAGAGCUUGCCCACAUGAAAGGUCAUACCAGCCUUCGGGAUAGAAUAGAUGGCAUCUCGGAAAAGACAAUAUACUCGAGCGUUUGGAUUACGGCAAUGAUGCUGUCCGCUGAUCCUUACAUCGAAGUAGCAGAAAACGCAACUGUCAUUGUGGAUUAUAUCCAUCGUGCUCUGCUACUUUCACCGCUCGGUGACCCGGCGCAAGAAAUUAUCGACGAGAUCUCCCGGCUAAGAAUCCGUGUUCCGAGGGAACUAUCUCUCGCUCAGGCAGAGCUAAAAGCCAGCAAAUCAGCACCGGUUUCACCAAACAUAUCGGCGGCUGAUGGAUACUUUUCAAGUACAUUUAAGAGAACUUUCAGUAUCGCAACGUCGUUGAAAAACCUUGCUCUAGGUGGGGGUGACCUCACUCCUAUGGACAAGGUACCCAACAAACUUAUGCCGAAUGGACGACAGGUCCCUGGCGAUAAGAGGCUGCCAGGAGAGAGGGCAGGGGAUGGGGGGAUAUUUGGGGGAUAUUUCAAGAAGAAGCAACCUACACCGAAGAACUUCAUCGCUAGAACUGAUGAGGAGCCACCAACGAUUCCACUCACCAGUACUUUCUUCGAGUGGAGUGUAGAGUACUUCCGAGAACCGCAAAUGAAGCCAACGGAAGCGGACGAGCCCGGAAGUUUGGAUUAUAAUCAACGGCUCUGGAGGCGUAACCGGAAUGAAAAUAUCAUCUCGCGGACACAGCCACAGAAGGAGAGGGCAGCGAUCGGGAAAUGGGAUUCGCAAAUUGGGCUGCUAAACAACGGCGGCCAGCCGAUUAGACUCCUGCUCCAUCAGUUUGAGGAUCACAUGAUAUCCGUUGAUGACAAGGACACGGUUUCAGUUUGGGAUUGGAGUAAGGGAUACAGACUUAACCAAUUCAGCAACGGAAAUCCCUCCGGCACCCGUAUUACGGAUGUUAAGUUCCUCAAUGAGGAUGAUGUGGCUCUUCUAUUAACUGGGAGUGGAGACGGUGUUGUGCGAAUUUACAAAAACUACGAAGACGACCGAAAUAUAGAACUUGUAUCGGCUUGGAGGGCAUUGACGGAUCUUCUACCGUCAAACCGAAGUUCCGGUUUAGUCGCCGAGUGGCAGCAAGGACGUGGGGCAUUGCUUGUUGGUGGUGAUAUGAAAGUCAUCCGGGUGUGGGAUGCACCGAGAGAAGUUUGCCUACAGGAUAUCCCCGCAAGGUCCGGCAGUUGCAUAACUUCACUCACCUCCGACCAAGUCGCUGGCAAUAUUUUUGUAGCUGGCUUUGGCGAUGGUGCUGUGAGAGUAUACGACCGCCGGCUCGAACCUCGUGACGCCAUGGUAAUGGCAUGGAAAGAACACAAAGCAUGGAUAACGAAAGUACACAUGCAACGUGGUGGCCUGAGAGAACUUGUCACCGGUAGCACCAACGGCGACGUUAAGCUUUGGGAUAUUCGGAAUCCAAACGCAGUUCUAGAAGUCAUGGCGCACAAGAGCGGCAUGAGGAGUUUGGCUGUACAUGAACAUGCGCCUGUCUUUGCUACCGGAGGUCUUAAUCAUGAAAUCAAACUCUGGAACACAAGCGGCACGCACCUCUCAUCUGUCAAGCCUUAUUCUACUUUCCUUCACCAGAAAGGUUCAUCUCCAAUCUCGAUCCUCACGUUCCACCCUCAUAGGAUGAUGUUGGCGUGUGCGACGAGUGGGGACUAUCAUAUCAACCUCUACGCUUGUGAUCACGAAUACAAGAAUAUGGGCUUAGACGACCCUACAGAGGAACUUUCUCAGCUAUGA